GAUGGAGGGGGGUCAGCAGUAAGAUUUUUAUGGUGAGAAUCACCUGAGUAGGGCAAACAGAUACUGGUGAGCACCAGGCUAUAAAGGACAGCUCCUCUCCUCUCCUGUCCCGAUGACCCGCGACAAGCCGCUAUUCCUCACCACCUCCGGACAACAGGUAGCAAGGAGGAUGGCGGCUGCGGCCAGACUCGCCCUCCUGCUGCUGGGCUGCGUGGGGCUCCUACGGCCAGUCGACGGCAGGUACAUAAGCUACUGCCCCGACGGCUGGUCCUACUACAAGCUCAGCUGCUUCAAAUACUUCUCCGAGCCCCGGAGCUGGGACGAGGCUGAGAGUCGCUGCCAGGACGUAAAGAAAGGCGCCCACCUGGCCUGGGUGGAGGAUGCCCACGAGGCAGCCACCCUACAGAUAACCAUCUCCUACCACCAGCGUGUGCAGCCCGUCUGGAUUGGACUGCAAAAGAGCAAAGAGAGCCAGGCCUGGCAGUGGACGAAUGGGAAGGACUACAGUGCCACCAGUGAGUUGCCUGGGAACGGUGCCCACGGGGGGAGCUGCGCCGCGCUGACCCAUCACAGCGGCUUCUCUGUGUGGUCCAGCGCCGACUGCUCCCGGCAGCAUCACUACAUCUGCAAGUUCUACCCCUUGCACUGAGCACAGCCCCGGCCCGUGGCGGACCCCGCGCCGGCGACCUUCUUCCCGUGCCAACUCCGCGUCUCUCCCCGCAAUUCCUAUAAAUACAUCUUAUAAAAAAAGGA